UUCACACAGACUCACCACAGAGAGGAGAGAGCUGUUCUCGGUGGGAAUGCAGAAGUUGUGCUCAUUGCUCUGGUUUGGAGGAUUAAAAGGAAAACCUUGUUUUUGCUUUAGAGCUCUGAAACUCCACAGAUGGACUGAGGUCGCCUACAGGUUUCCACCAUAAUUAUGGCUUCCCCUCCAUCCUCGAACCUCUGGGUGGGGAUGGUGCUGGUGGUAAUGGUGGCCGUGGUUGAGCUUCCAGGAGCCCUGCAGAGGUGCAUCUUUGAUGAGCUUCAGGUUCAGGUCAGAGUCGUCAGAGCCGCAGACAGUCCACCCCAGGAGCUCAGGCUCAGAAGGUCAGAGGAGCAGAGGAGCAUCCUGGGAAAAUCUGGCCCACCUACUCCUACCUCACCACAGCCAAUGAGGAUCCGGACCUGGAUUCCGAGAGAGAGCGACAGCCUAUCAAAGGCUGAGAAAGGAAGACUGGAGGCAGCGGUGGAAGAAGCUGUGAGAGUGGUGUCUUCUUUACUGUCAGUGAACAGAGUGCCGGGCUCGUUACUGCUCAGCAGAGACAUCAACAAAUACUGCAAGUUUCUCUGGAGGGAUUCAAGUACUAUCAACUACAACAGGUGUGGUAGAGCCAACAAAAACUACCGAAGUGAAACUUGCCUGGAUGUGACUAUCCCAGACGACCACCUGGCUGGAUGUGAUAUUUACCCCGAGGCCGAUUCACACAAAAGGACUGUUCUCAGACCUGAAGGUGCUGGAGUCCCUGAUACCGACUUCCUGCUUUACCUCCAUGUACAGGCCACAGACAAGUGCAGGGCAGAGCCCAGUGUGUUGGCCUACGCUGUUCACUGCCAGACGGACAGUCACGGGCGACCUGUAGCCGGGGUGGUGGUCAUCUGCAGGGACCGGCUGACAGGAGCCACAUACAGCCACCAGACUACAGUACAGACUGUCAUUCAUGAAUUGUUUCAUGCACUUGGAUUUUCUAAGGAUCUCUUCAGCACCUGGAGAGACUGUUACUCCUCCUCCUCUUCCCAAGUGGGUGCUGAUUGCUCUCCUCGAGGCAAAGUGACUCACUCUGACAGAUCAGGCCACAUGAGGAUUUACACCCCGUCCAUCAUUUCAGCCCUGCAGAAGCACCUGGUGUCCAGUGAUCCGCAGCUGGGAGGGCCACUGGAGAACCUGGACGCAGCUCCAGGCAGAGUGUCCUCACACUGGGAGUCCCGGGUCCUGCAGGGCUCCAUUAUGUCGGCAGUACUGGGGGAUCCUAGCACAGUCCGGAUCGACCCAGUGACCUUAGCUGCAUUACAGGACACGGGGUGGUACACUGUCGACCUGAGCCGGGCUCAGAGUCUGGUCUGGGGAGACGGUCAAGGAGCCAUGUUUGGCUCCCUGUCAACCUGCCAAGAUAACUCCUCAUCCUUCUUCUGCACUGGAAGUGGACGUGGAUGUCAUUUUCUUCACCUCCACAAGGGGGAGUGCCAGACUGACCAGUACCUGGAGGGCUGUCGAGUGUAUAAACCCCUGCAGAAUGGAAGUGAAUGCUGGAAAAAAGAAAGCAGCAGGUGGACAGCUGAAGAUGAGCUGAGCGGGGAGAUUUUUGGCUUUGACAGCAGAUGCUUUCUCUCCAGCCUCACCACGCAGAACCAGAGUCAGGUUCCCCGGGUCAGCAGCUCUGUGGAGGGUCGGUGUUAUAGGCACAGGUGUACCGGACCGAACAGGUAUCAGAUCCAGGUGUUUGGCUCUGUGUGGGUGGACUGUCCAGCAGGGGGCAACAUUCAGAUUAAAGGAUACAAUGGUGCAGUUUUCUGCCCUGACAGGAGGUUAUGUCUGUACCCUGAUGUGACUCCUCCCUUAGAUGAUGUCAGGACACUUCCUGCAUGCAUCAGAUGUGAGAUUUCUACCUCAGCCCAUGAUGGGACCUGGUCUCCCCUCAGACCACCCACAGACCCACCUGUACCCACAGCGCUGUGCUUCACUGCUGCUGCGUGUCUGCUGGCUGCACUGAUGGUGUCCUGCAGGAAAUGUCGCUCAUGUAUGUUCAGAGCACGCACGGUGGCCCCUGACCAGCAGGAUCAUCUGUAGAAAGCCUGUUCUUAGGAAUGGGCAAAGACUAAAUUUUUAAUCUUAAAGUAAAUUUAAAAACUGCUUUUACUUUUAUUUUAUUUCUUGGGGUGUUUUUAUGUUUUACCUUUGAUUGUCUCGCUGUGUGAGUUCUCUAUCAGCUGGGGGAAAACCCAAACCACAGAGAUGGGGAAGCUGGAUUUAUACGUCCAUAAAUCAGUUUUUAUUUUUGUCAAUUGUGAUUUUGAUUACUAAAUGUUAGUUUCGUCCAUCAAAAUCAUUUCCCUGUCAUAGAUAUUUCUCUAACCUACACUUGUUUAUGGCCUUAAAUACAAUGUAAAUUCAUAGAGGAUGAGGGUAAACAGUAAAAUAAUCAAAGAUAUGGUAACAAAUUGUCCAUUUUUAACUGUAUUUUGAUUUUUUGCACUAAUUAAACCUCCAAACUAUCCCCAUCUUUACUUUUGAACAUUUAGGUUCAGUAAUUUAGAUAUAAUCUUACUGCUGAUGCAGCAGAAUCGAUCAGUCACUCACCUUUAAGACACUUCCUCUAGAACAGUUUUGUCAUCUCACAGGAGUGACACAGAUGAAAAAUGACCUGUGAUUGUUAUUGUAAGUGAGCAUAUUAUUUCCCCAAGAUGCAAAUGUAGAUAUGAAUGUCAUGACGUUCCUUGGAAAAAUGCGUGCCAAGACUUGCCGAGACUUACAGGACACAAAGUCAGCCUGUUUUCCCACCUCGAGGUUCUUUGUUGUCAUUCAUCACGAAGGGACGUGACAGAACAAACACCUGCUGGCAAACUGACAGAUAGUUUGAAACCAGUUUGGCAGAAAGCUGCUGCUUCAUAGUGCUGUGACCCAACACGAACAUGAAUGAUUUAAACUUGUGCUUUUUAAAUCUCAGCCUGUAGAAUAUAGUUUGGGUCACACCAACAGAAGCUGAGAGCAAAAAUUAUGGUGGUUCAAGACUUUUGCACAGUGAUGCACAUGCCUGAAGUAGUUGAAGACAAACAAUUAAGGAAAAUAAAUGCUUCAGCAUAAUAUGUAUCAAACAAGUAAAGGAAAAUAAAUAAUGCUUAAACAUUUAAAUGGACCAAAGACAGUUUCUGAAGUAGCCCUUUAUCCCAAUCUUUAUAUUUACCAGAAGUUGGACACAGUGAUUUCCCAGGUUAAUGUUGUGUCACACAAUUAAAAGCAGCAAUGUUGUCUUUGAAGGGCUAAUCAGAAACUCCCUAAAUCUGUCAAACAUAUGUCCAUACUGUCUUUAUACGUGUCUUGAUGCAUGCUCAAUCAUCCAGGUAAGUAAAUCCCCAAAAGUUGUCUCUGUUCAUCUGGACGUAGCGUUUUCAGUGGGAGAAAUGUUUCGUCACUCAUCCAAGUAACUUCUUCAGUCUCAGCUGACUGCAGGUUUCCCCAGUCUUAUAUGCAAUCUUAUGCAAAUGUACUCUUUAUAAGACGUUUCUCCCACUGAAAACGCUGCGUCCA